AUUAUUGUCAUACUUUUCAUCUUACGUAAUGUGAGAAUACAUGUGAAUAUUAACAUUGGUUUGGGAUAUAAAGAGAAACUAUUACCCAUGGUUAACCGUGGAUACCCGAAACCCGAACGGAUAUUGGCAUGGUUUUGUUUUUCUACCCGUUUCUUAUGUGGGUAUGGGUAUGGGUAAAAUUCGAACUAGUUUGGGUAGGGUAACGGAUAUGCACUAUUCGUCCCCGACCCGACCAAUUGCCAUCCUUUAUCAUUUGAUUUGAAAUAACGAAAAGAUGACUAAGAAUCCCUUCCAUUAUCACUAAUGUCUAAAGUGUAUAGCUACGUGGAUAUCAAUAGACACCCUCCUCUCUAUUCCAACGAGUAGAUUCGAAUUCAAAAUCGAAAUAGCUAAAUACUAAAUAAAAGGGAUUUGAAUGAAAUUCAUACGAAUAUGUAUGUUGAUGUCCACUUUCUUUCAUUUCCCUGGAUUGUAGUUCAAUUGGUCAGAGCAUCGCCCUGUCAAGGCGGAAGCUGCGGGUUCGAGCCCCGCCAGUCCCGGUGGAUCCAAAUCCAAUCGAGUACCCUAUCUUUCCCAGUAGUCCAUACACAAAUGGAAUUUGUAUCUCUACAAAAUCAAAUUCAAUUGCUUUGCUAGAAUAUUUUCAUAUUCAAAGUAUCCUCUUUUUUUGCUCCAAUUUUAUGUAGCCUCAAUUUGAAAUUGGAAUGUCAAACAAUCUAUGUCAUUCAAAUUGUAUGUUGUGGUUUUGAUACAUUCUAUGCAUCUUAUCAUAAUACAAGGAGGGGGAGGAGGAAUAUUAACAAAAGAAAGAGUCAAAUUAACUAAGGAUACCGCAUGAAUGACAAAAAUGAAUUUAAUUUGUGCAAAGUACAUGUCAAAUUAAAAGUAUUAACUCAAAAUUAAUUGAAGAAUUACUUACAUAACUAUAAUUGGAUGAUCAAUAAUCUAAUCAGGAACCCGUGCAUCCAGAUAAGUUGAGUUAUCAUGAAAAAGAGUUGCGGAUUACUAAAAAGAAAUUUCGGAUCACUAUUCGCUACCGAAAUUAAUGAUAAUGACAAACUAUGAUAAAUUGUGUAAAAUAGUAGUAAAAAAAAUAAGUAGCACACAGAAUCCAAGUACAAUUAUGAUGAGAUUUUCUUGACAAGUUUUUUCUUUCUAUAUUUUUUCAGGCAGCAAUUUUUCUUUUUUGUAAACCUGUGAUUUUUCAAGUAAUAUUAAAGACAACAUUUUAAGUAUCCACAAUCAAAAUCCACACUUUGGGAGCCUUCCAUUUUAAACUAGUAAAAACAGAUACCAACAGUACAGUUUAAGUAGUUAAUCAAUUGAAUGUCCAAUCAUUUUACUCAAUAGAAAGAAACAAAAACACAUUUGCCUGGUUAAUCCCCCCCCCCCCCCCUCACAAUUGUAAUAUUCUCCCUUUUUCCCAUUUAAGGAAUUUUACAACUGUAGAUCUUAUCAAUAUUCUCAAGGGACCAAAAAGAGCCAAAAUAUUUGGCUAUAAAAAUGUCUGGCUGUAUAUCCCAAAACCCAUAGAAAAUCCACUCCACUUCACAUAUUCUACAACACACAAGAGUAAAUUUAAAAGCUCGAAGUUGCUACUCCUCUUGCCAAGCAAAUAACCAUGAAGCUCGUAUCAGUUCUAUCAAUCGUCGUUCUCGUACUUUCCUUUGUCACUCUUCAUGUUGGUGCAAGCAGAGUUGUUGAUGGAGCGAGGGAGAUACCAAACCACCAUUGCACCACGCCGAUAUAUUAUGGUUGUAAUGAUAUCAAGUGCAAUUUAGACUGUUCGAGGCAUUUUGGAGGCGGCACAUUCGGAUGGUGUUGGGAAGAAGGUGACUUGUGCUUCUGUGAACGCCCCAACUGUUAACAGAAAAAAUUAAUCAAACACAAGACAUCUCGAUAUGCAUACAAGGCUAGCUAGGGAUCCAACAAAUUUAAUAAGCUCCAUUUGUUAUUGGAAUAAUAUGAUUAUUAUUGAAAUUUACACAAGGAAAGAGUAAAACUCAUCAAGGGUUAGCAUGAUUGUUAUUGGGGAAGACUCAAAAUGCAACUUACGUGUGUGUGGUGUUCCUUUGUUUGUUGAGCCAACUUCUAAUCCAUUCGAGUUGUUAAAGAGAAAUUUAAGUAUUAAUCGUAUAUUUACUUCCCAACAACGAUUGUAUCCAUGAAGUGCAGAUGGUUAAUAGCAAUACAUGACAAACACACAUCUCAUGUUUGUCUUGUACCUCAUCAAGGUAAGUCGGUAAAUUUGGUGCGAAAGACGACACUAAAUAAACAUUACAGAGUUUUGCCAAAAUUUGCAAGAGGAGCUUUACACUCUGUUCACAAAGGAAGGGAGGAAAAUGGAGGGAAAGGAAAAUGGAAGGGAAAGGAAAAGGAGGUGAGAGAAAAUUUGGAGUGGAGAGAAAAUGUUGUUUUAGGAAGGAAAGUGAGAGGAAAAAGUAUAUUGGGAAGUGUGAUAGAUAUGUUAUUUUAUUGGUUAUGAAAUUGUAAAAAUAGUUUAAUUAUGUGUUAAUGUUAGUUUCAUUACUUAUGAAUAACAAGAUUGUCAAACCGGUUUAAGUCAUAGAACCGAUCAAAUAAAUAGUUUGAAGUUUAUUGGUCUGAUUGGGGUCCGACCUAUUUGAGUCGUUUUUUGUCUUCUACCAUUAUGUUAUAUUUUAUUACCAUGAACAUAUGACCAUCAAAUAUACCAUAUCUACUUGUAUGAUGAUAGACGAUUUUUAUAAUAUGACGGACAAUAUGCUACGAUAGUAAUUGAAAUAAUAAUCAAUGUUAUUUUGUGUGGGAGAGAGAGAUGGAAGUUCAUAAAAUAUAAGUAUUUAAAAACAAGUAUUUGAUGGACUUAAUUAUUAAAAAUAUUAAAAAAGAAAGAACCACAUAUGUGUCCCUCUCCUUUCUCUCCAAAUUGGAGGGAAGGGUUCAACAGUACAAAAGGUGGAAAGUUUUCCCUCCUUCCAUACUUUCCUUCCUUAAAAAACAAUGAAAAAUUUAUUGAGAAUCCCACUUUCUUUCCUCACUUUCCCUUCCCUCCAUUUCUCUCCUUAAAAAACAUAGUGUUAGGGUAACUAGCACUGGAAAGUUGGGGAGAGAGAGAAAUGAUGUGUCCUCUCUCCUCUUUGUUGUGAUGAUCAUUGGCUCUCUAAGCCUCCCAUUGAGCUGAUACUCAGAUAUGACAUUGCUACCAGUGCAGUGGUAUAUCUACCAGUACAGUGGUACAACGUAUCAGUGUAGUGAUAUAUUUUUUGGAGGUGGUCGGAGGGAGUCUGCCAAUGGGAUUUUCACCGGAGAAGUGUGGCGGUCGGAGGAAGUCUGGUGAUCGGAGACUGCUGAAAAAGGAAAAAUCAAAUAUAGUGAGAGAAAAUGUAUUUAGUGUAGGUUUUAAUUUGAAAAAAACAAAUAUUUAAUAUGGUGCAUUUAAUUCCUAAUGUGUAUUUAAUGUGUGUAUUAAAUUCUAUAGUUGUAUUUAAUAUACUAGGGGUGUCAUUUUUCCAACCCCUAAGGGGGUUAGCAUUCUAACUGACAAGAAUGAUUAUUUCCAGAAAAUCUUAUGAUAGAGCUAUCUAGAAUGGCCCAUGGACGGUAAAGGACCAAUACAUGUCGUGGCGAUUGGAUUUUGACAUAGAUUUUGACUCUAUCAAUGAGAUGUCGGCAUGGGUUAGACUAUGUCGCCUUCCCCUUGAGUAUUUCUAUGAGAAACAUACUGAAUGAUGUGGGGAAUCGACUUGGAAGAGUGAAUAAGAUUAACUAUACUACGACGAACUGAGUCAGAGGCAACUAUGUUAGGAUAUGCGUUGAGAUUGAUUUGCUCAAGAGAAUGGUCCCAAAAUAUAGGCUAAAGAGGAGU